AUGGUUUUCCCAUCUAUUCCAGUCUAUGUAGAUCCGCCCAACUGGAACCAGGUGAAUUUCUCCUCAGCUGCUUCCCUUCAUCUUUGCCAAUGGUUUUCUUCGUGAAGAAAGCGUGAUGGAAAGGGAAGAACAAAGAGAGCCAAAUAUCCUCACGCUUUUUUUAUCUUCUGCUGCUGAAUAUACAACCGAUUUCUCGUCUCCAACCUCCCUUUUUCCGAAAUUUUUCCUCGAGCUUUGGAUGACGGUGUUGAUUGUUUUGGUGCACAGCAACCGAUCCGUCAUCAGGCAAUUGGCGGCGCCAGCGAUGGGGGCGGCGGCCACAGGCUUCCACCGCCGGCGCCGCCCCGUCCAGAGGGCUCCGUUAGGGCAGGUUCGAUGACCGACCGGGCCCGGCAGGCAAAGCUUCCGCUGCCGGAACCGGGGCUCAAGUGUCCGCGGUGCGAGUCCACAAACACCAAGUUCUGCUACUUCAACAACUACUCCCUCUCACAACCCCGUCACUUCUGCAAGACCUGCCGACGCUACUGGACGCGCGGGGGAGCCUUGCGGAACGUCCCUGUAGGCGGCGGGUGCCGCCGCAACAAGCGCAGCAAGGGGGCCGGCGGUUCCAAGUCCUCGACUUCCUCCACCGACCGGCAUUCGAAUGCCUCCACACCAAGUACGAUCCCAGCCACCAGCGGCACCAGUGCAAUCCCCUCCAACCUCCCACCGCAGCCAACCCUUCCUUUCUUCACGUCUUUGCACACCAUGCCGGCCUACACUGGGUUGGCGAACAUGGGAUCAAGUUUCGGUGGGAUCCAGCCUGUCGAUGCAGUGAACUUUCAGACGGGGGUCAGCUCGAGCGCCGCUAUUCUGGAUCAGUGGAGACUCCAGCAGGUCCACCAGUUCCCUUUCAUGGGGGGCUUGGAAACACCGCCUCCGCCACUAUCGAUGGGGCUGUUCCCGUUCGAUGGGCAAGGUGUGGUCGGUGAUGGAGCGGGAUACUACGCCGGACAAACGCAGGAUAACUCGUCGGCCGCGGUGCCCAACGCCCACCCAGCACCCGUUAAGGGCGAUGAGGAAGCAGGAGAGCUCACUCUUCGCAGACACUAUCUGGGCAUUCCCAAAAACGAUCAGUUCUGGGGGGAUGGUGGCGCCACCGGCAGUAGCAGCGUCUGGGCGGAUAUCUCCGGCUUCAGCUCUGCGUCCACCGGGAACAUUCUAUGA